GUUGCUGUUGGUUACAUUUACUUACGUCUCGAUUGAGUUUUGGUUUUUCCAAAAUUGCGUUCUGGACUAUUUGCAAUUGAAUCGUUUCAUUAUCAGACUGUAAUAAGGUAAAGACGAAGGUAAGAGUGGGAAGUGAAAUGAAGAUGAAUGUUUGUGCCUUUGAGUACGUCAUGAGUUACACGUUUAAAGGUGAGAAAGCAAAUGUGAAUCCAUCUCAAAAUGAUCAUCGACUCAGCUGGAAAGGAGCAAAGCUUUGGCUUCAUCUUCUUCUUCCUUUUUUUUCUGGUUACUUCUUACUCUUGGUCCAGGUAAACUAUUUUUUGUCUCUUCAUGGUUCACCCUCUUCUCAUCAGUUGCCUUUUGGAUAACAGUUACUUUACCAUACAUGACUUAUUGACCAACAAACUUAGAUUUAAGUGUAUUGUUUCAUCUCUGGACAUUGACAUCGUCUACAAGAAAUUGUCAUCACAAUGAAACUGGAAAUUAGUUUUUUCGCUUUCAUAUUUUUACUAUCAUCAUCUCUGGUCUCCUCAUCGUCAUCAUCUGAUGGUUCAUCAUCUUCAAAUAACACCAACAGCAAACAAUUAACUGAAGGAAGAUCGGGUCGAGGUGAUAUACCAAUUGAGAUUGAAGAUCAACCAGGAAGAUUGGGUAGAGACGAUUUUAACAUCAACGAACCCAAUAAUGCAAGUCUUUACCUAAACUUGGCCUCCUCUAAGUCAUCCGAUGAUCAAGGUGAGCUAGAUAAUUCAACAAUAGUGGAACGACCAACUCAUAUAAUGGGUCGUAGUUCACGAGCCCUAGAUUUGGACCACUAUUUAGGGGGAUCCCGAAAAGCUCGUAAAGAGGGGCACAGGGAAUCACGAAUUCUUAAUGACAACAUUGAUUUAACAUCAUCAUCAUCAUCAUCUUCGUCCUCAGCUAAAUCAGGAUUGGCAAUUCAGGGAUUCAUUCCAAUUGUAUCCUUAUCCGGCUCUCCAACAGGUGGUUCAACAAUCCUAUCAGCUUCACCAACAUCAUCGGUCUCUUCUUCAUCUCCGGGAAAACAUUCAAACGACUAUAAUUCAGGUAACGACAAUGGUAACAAUAAUGGCAAUUAUCAAGAGGAAGGUUAUCUACCACCUUCAAAUGGCUAUGCUGGACCCAAUGAUGCCAAAUUUCUUGGUGCUGCCUUACAAGGACUAACAGCCGCUUUCAAACCCAAACCUCAGGGUUAUGAUCCCAACCUCUACGAAAGUUACAAUGGACCUUCCUCAUCAUCACCUCGAGACUGUGUUUGUGUUCCCUUUUAUAUGUGUAAAAAUGGUUUUCUUGAGCAGCGAUCAAAAAAUCCACCAGUGAACGCAUUGAUGGGACAUAGACCAGCUACUAAUUUAGGAGAUUAUGAAGAUCUCGUCAAUGCUCAAAGCAUUUUGAACCAGUAUUCAAUGUCACCUCAACUGGCUUCCUUUUAUCGAUCCAAAGUGAGGCAACCUCAACAUCAACAACACCAUCAGCACCAUCAACAACAGCAACAACAUCAUCAUCAACAACAUCAGAAUCAUCAACAACAACACCAUCAACACCAACCAAUACAAUCAUCGCCAUCAACAUUUGCCCAAGAAAGUGUUAACAAUCAUCAAUAUCAACCAACACCUGCACCAGUUACUCGAUUACCAAUAGACGAAAGAAGCAUUGAUGGUCGAUCCAAUCGUCCACAGAUUGAAGCAUACAAUUCAAAUUCAAAUGAGACAAAUAACGACCCUCAAUACACUUCAGAAGUUUUAGGUCGUAUUUUUGGUUCCUCGGGAGGAAGAAACUGCGGAGUAUUGCGUACAUGUUGUCGAAUUAUGCCAGAAUAUCAAGCUUAUGAUGCUCCAGCUCAAUUUGUACCACCACAACUUUAUCCAAUGACAACCUCUAACGAUAAUUAUCUCCAACCAUCACCCAAUUAUCAAAAUGGUGGAUUGAUGCAGCCAAGUUAUAAUGUUUAUAAUAAUCAGCCAUCCAAACGAUUCCAACAAAACAUAGAUAUUUCAACAGCAUUGAUUCGACCCAAACCAUACAACCCACAAUAUCACGGUGGACAUUAUACCGGUGGUAGACCCGUCCGACCCUCAAUUAAGAACCACCAGCCUCUUCCAAUCAGACCAAUUCGUCCUUCAUAUGAACAGCAAUUGUCUUACCAACCACCUCCACCUCCACCUUCAAAUCACCAUAACCACCAACCUUCAUAUCAACAACCAAACUCUGCUCUCGUCAACCCAAGCCCUUCAGCUUCAUAUAAUGGUGAAUCAAAUUAUGGACAAUGUGGAAUUAGAAAUUCUGUUGGAAUCCAUGGACGAGUCCAAAAUCUACAGUAUCACAAGUCAUCUACUGAGUUUGGUGAAUAUCCAUGGCAAGCAGCUAUCCUUAAACGUCUCGGACCUGCUGAUAGUCUUUACGUGUGUGGAGGUACUCUUAUAUCUAGUCAAUGGAUUGCCACAGCUGCUCAUUGUAUCAAAAGCAACCGAGCGGAAGAUUUAAAAGCACGCCUUGGUGAAUGGGAUGUUCACCGGGAUGAUGAGUUCUAUCCUCAUGUUGAAAAAUUUGUCGAUGAAAUUGUUAUCCAUCCCGAAUACUAUCCAGGAAAUCUGAUCAAUGACAUUGCCUUGAUUCGUUUAGAGAGUCCAGUCGAUCUUAACUCGCCCAAUAUAGCUCCAGCUUGCAUUCCUUCAUCUUAUGAAAAUUUCGUUGGAUCAAGAUGUUGGGUUACUGGUUGGGGAAAGGAUUCAUUUGGUACUCAAGGUGAAUACCAAUCUGUAUUGAAAGAAGUUGAUGUUCCCAUUUUAUCGCACACUGAUUGUGAACAAACACUUCGACAAACUCGUCUUGGGCCAUAUUAUCAACUCCACCCUGGUUUCUUGUGUGCUGGUGGUGAACCAGGUAAAGACGCUUGUGAAGGCGAUGGAGGAUCACCAUUAGUUUGUGAUGUUGGUGGAAUCUGGAAAGUUGCUGGUCUUGUUUCAUGGGGAAUUGGAUGUGGUCAACCUGGAGUUCCUGGUGUUUAUGUCAACGUUGGUCAUUACAAUCAAUGGAUUGAUUCAGUUGUAGGUAAAUAUGGUAAAAGUAGUUUAGAUGCUUCACCAUCAUCAGGCAAUUUACAAGAUCCCUUUGGAGCUGGAAUAAUUAGUGAACGUAGCAAUAAUUUAACUCCUUCCAAAGUCGCCAAUGGAACUGUUGUCGAUUCAAGAUUAAGGUCUCAGGAGAGUGCCACAUUAACCGUUAAACCAUCAGAUUUCGAGUCAACAAAGAGUGAAUCUCAUUAAAAGAAAUAAAAAGUGGUUUUAGUUCCUUUUUUUAAUUGUAUUUUAUAAUUAAUGAUUAUUUAACCUCCUGUGGUUGAAUCAUCAUUGUUCAUUCGACCGAGUCUUAAUAUCAAUUUUUUGUCAUCAAUAUAUCCUCUCGAAUCUCCGUUUUUCUCCCACUAUUGAACUUUUCUGUUCAAUUUGCUUAAUUAAUAUACUGCCUUUCUGUUUUAUCAAUUGACGCAUUGUAACUUAAUUUGAUUGUAUUCUCACGCUUUUUCUCUUUAAUGAUGAGUCAUUAAUUUGUACAUUGAGAAUUUUUAUGUAUCUUCUUGGAGAAGAAAACUUCAUUUCUAUUUGUAAAAACGUAAACAAAUAUAUUUUUCAAAAAAAGAAACAA